CGAAAAAUCCAAUGUUGUCUCAAAAAAUAUAGCAGCCUAACCUAUAAAUCUAUGCUUUUGAUCACAACCAAUUAGUAAUGAAUUCAAAGAACUUGGAUUCAUAACCAUCAUCCCUUAUCGAAUCAAAUCCAAAUCGAAGUUGAUUGGUUAAAUGCACAAAGUGAUUCUUGUUUGUGUCCCCCAAAAAAUCUUGUCCCCCUCCCCCAAAAAAAAAUAAAAAAAUUUCUCAUCUUUUUCAAAUGCUUGCUUCUGGAUCCAAGAGGGAUAAAUCUCCACAAACUUUUUAACUGUUUUGUGGAAGUUUUUGUGAUUCCUUGGGAAAUGGCCAUUGUUAUCAAUGUGCUGUUCUUGAGAACUCUUGUUCUGUUCAUUUGGUUGGUUUCCUCUGCAUUUGGAGAGAGCUCGUUGAGCUGCGAUUCCAUGUUGUCCAAUGCUUUUGGCUUCCAUUGCAAUGGAAAUGAGACUUUGAUGCAAUGCGGAACAUUUGCUGUUCUUUUUGCAAAUACGGAGUUUUCGUCUCUCUUUAACCUUAGUUUUUACUUGGGGAUCAAUCAGUUUGCUAUUGCUGAAAUCAAUGGCUUCUCUGCUGAUACAGAGUUUCUUCCUAAAAACCAACCUUUACUUAUACCAAUUGAGUGUAAAUGCAAUGGGAGUUUCUUCAUAGCUGAGUUAACAAAAACUUCCAUCAAAGGAGAGAGCUUUUACAGUAUUGCUGAAUCAUUGGAAGGCUUAACAACUUGCAAAGCAAUAAAGGAGAAGAAUCCCGGGGUGUCGCCGUGGGGUCUCGGAGACUCUAUUCGAUUACUGAUACCAAUGAGAUGUGGAUGUCCAUCUUCCUAUGCAGGUGUCCCAAAACCAAGGCUCUUGAUCUCCUACCCUGUGAGACAAGGUGACACGAUUUUUAAUUUAGCCACAAAUUUCAAUACAACCCCUGAAUCUAUUAUAACUGCUAAUAGCAGAUCCUUACCUACCUUCAAACCACAAAGCCUUGUGCCAUUUUCGACUCUACUGAUUCCAGUGAAUGGUGAACCAAUCCUUGGUUCUUUGGCGAAACCAAAACAACCAAAUUUACAUCUUCCAUCCACCAGCAUCCCCACGAUCAACCCCCACAAGAAUAAAGCGAAAAUGUUGCACUUGGGAGUUUACAUUGCACUUGGUGUAACUAUACUUGGAGUGUGCAUUGCUGCAAUAACAUGUUUCCUUGUAAUCAAGGUGAAAAAAGACAAGCAGAAGAAGACACAGAAGUCAUACGAAGAAAGAGGUGACAUGGAGCUACAGCAGCUUAGUCUCAGUAUCCGAACAGCGAGCGAUAAGAAAUUCUCUUUUGAGGGAUCGCAAGACACUUUUGAUAGUCACCUCUUCGAGUCGAAUGCGAGCAAGAUGCUCAUUUCGAUGUACACGGUUGAGGAGAUCCGGAAGGCAACUGAAAAUUUUAAUCCGACCAAUCAGAUAGAAGGAUCUAUGUAUCAAGGGCGUCUCAAUGGGAAGAACAUGGCGAUAAAGAGGACGGAGAACGAAACUAUCUCCAAGAUUGAGUUUAACCUUUUACAUGAAAUCAAACAUCCAAGCAUAUUGAGACUUUUGGGAAUAUGUUUAACCGAGGAUCCUGAUUCCUUUCUAGUUUUCGAGUAUGCGAAAAACGGUUCCUUAAAGGACUGGCUUCAUGGUGGUUUGGCAAUGAAAAACCAAUUCAUCAUCUCUUGCUAUUGUUUCUUAACAUGGAGUCAAAGGCUGCAUAUCUGUCUUGACAUCGCUGCCGGGUUACAGCAUAUGCACCAUGUUAUGAAACCAGUUUACGUUCAUCGAAACAUCAAGAGCAGAAACAUUUUCUUAGAUGAGGAUUUCAAUGCAAGGAUAGGGAAUUUUGGAAUGGCAAAAUGUGUUCAAAAUGACAUUGAAGAUCCAAAGUUCUGUUCAUCCAAUCCAGCCUCUUGGAGCUUGGGUUAUCUGGCUCCUGAGUACAUCCACCAAGGUAUAAUUUCUCCAACCAUCGACAUAUUUGCUUAUGGGGUGAUCCUUUUGGAGGUUUUGUCUGGGAAACCACCAAUAACAAAGCCAAAUGCCAAUGGUGAAGGAAGUGUUCGGCUAACAGAGAAAAUCAAGGCCAUCAUGGAAUCAGAUAAUGAAAAUGAACCGAGGGAAUGGAUGGACAGUGCAUUGGGGGAUAACUAUCCAUUUGAUGCAGCAAUCAAAUUGGCUAAACUUGCAAGAGCUUGUGUGGAUGAAGAUCCUUCGUUACGUCCAAGUGCGGCAGAAGUUUUCGAUAGGUUAUCGAGAAUGGUCGAAGAAUUGCCCGAAGGAGAUCAGAGUGUGAGCUGUGAAAGCUCUACAAAGCCUCUUGUGAAGGGACUACAGGCUUCUGAAACAAAUCCAUAAAAACACUUCAUUGAACAAAACAACCUUCACUUUUAGUUCUUAUUUCAAGCCUUCCUGGCAUGUAAUUUAUGUAAGCUAAUGAGUUGUUGUUCAUUUUUGGCUUCAUUUCCUUCUUUUCUCCUAAUGGAAUUUAUACAAUGGGUUAGUUUAAUUUUGUAA